CUACAGUACCCAAAAGGCAAUGCUGGUCUUCAGCCUAAUGCACAGCUUCAUUUCGAGACCAAUGAUUUUGUGGUCUCUGUCUGUACUGUAUUUAUUUUGCAAUAAUGUAGAUAUGAACGAUACUGCAUCCUCCUGUGAUACCUAGCUAUCCGUCCAUGAUUUAGGCAAAGCAAAGCAACGUUGACAUUUUUACAGAGGGGCAGACUGUCUGGCCAGCUGACCGUAUCGGCAAUGAGGGGUUUGUUUUCCUUAAUAACAACAAAUAGUUAGCUUCAUCCACCCAUGUUGAAGCGAGGAAUUAUGUUAUAACGUUUAUGAUGUGGCAAACAACACCUGUAAACUGUAUGUCAGUGUCAGUCUGUCGAAUGAGUUAACGGACUCAACUCUAAACUAAAGCGAUUUAACGAGCUAGCUGUAAACAUCUGUUUACUUACUUGGUAACUAGAGCUAGCUAGCAAGCACUGACAAGAAGACAAAAUGUGGCAAAGCGUUGGUCUCACUGUGCUGGUAAUUGUGGCCACCCUUGUGUGCGCGUUACUCUUCAUGGUUUUUGGUUGGUAUGUUGUCUGGCAGCUCUUCCUGUCCAAGUUCAAGUUCCUGCGUGAGAUGUUGGGCGACACCGGCUCUCCACAGGCCGAGACCCAACCGUCCGAAUCCAGUAACGAACGUACCUCUCCUCCACCCCCACGCCAGAGGCCCAAGACUGCCCGCCAGAGGGCUGUUCCUCCUAAUAGUACUACAUAGAUUACCUCACCCAUCCGCUGGCGGCCACACCCUGUCCUGUUGUUCACCAAACCAGCCGUCCCACUAGGAAACAGUGGUGGACAAAAACCCCUUUAAUAAAUUGCAUGAUUUGGAAUGGCAUACUACUCCCAUGUCCGUGUAUACUGCUGCCUCUCCUGAUGAAAUCCACCCCUCCACUCUGCACUACUAAAGACAUCCUUGUUGAUGACACUUGACACUCUACUUUUCUCUCCUGGACACGUUCUUCUUACUAGACUAGGCACAGCUGCUGAUAUUAUAAAGGGACAAGCCAUCAAAUCAUGGAACAUUCUGUAUGCCACUUGUUCAUGUUUCAAAUAAUUAUUUUAGCUGUUCACCGUGUAUGUACCGAGCAGCAUGUCUGGUCUCUUCACCUGGCCUUCACUGACACUGCAACACGGUCACCUCUAAUUGGCUGACGCUGUAACAUGGUCAGCUCUGACUGGCUGACACUGUAACAUAGUCAGCUCUGACUGGCUGACACUGUAACAUGGUCACCUCUGACUGGCUGACACUGUAACAUGGUCACCUCUAAUUGGCUGACGCUGUGACAUGGUCAGCUCUGAUUGGCUGACGCUGGAACAUGGUCAGCUCUGUGGACUCCCGAGGGGCGCAGCGGUCUAAGGCACUGCAUCUCAGUGUUAGAGGCGUCACUACAGACCCUGGUUCGAUUCCAGGCUGUAUCUCAACUGGCCGUGAUUGAGAGUCCCAUAGGGCGGCGCACAAUUGGCCCAGCGUUGUCCGGGUUAGUGUCGUCCAGGUUAGGUUUUGGCCGGGGUAAAUAAGAAUUUACACCGGCCCAAAAAAAUAAGAAUUUGUUCUUAACUGACUUGCCUAGUUAAAUAAAAGAUUGGCUGACACUGGAACAUGGUCAGCUCUGAUUGGCUGUCAUGCUGCUGACACCUGCAUUUGGAAUCUGUUUCUCCAACAGCAGACAGCUGAGUGUGAGUUCUCUGUCGUGUGUGUGUAUGUGUGUGUGUGUGUGUGUGUGUGUGUGUGUGUGUGUGUGCGCGCAUGUUUUAUGAGAGUGUGUUUAUUUGAACAUACGUGUGUUUGUAGUAAAGCCUAUAUUCAGACACAUAGACAAAGUGUUGUAUAAACAGGCUCAUUUAUCAUUUACUUUCAGAGGCAAAAUAACUUCUAGAAGAGAAACUGAAUGAAACAAUUUGCAUAACUGACAACCGAAGUUCCUCCAUGCCAGUAAAUUUCACUUUAUUUGUAACAAAAGUGCAAUGAAAGGAAUGUUAUUUUUUGUUGUUGUUAUUUUGUUGUUCAGACUACAUAUGCAACGGAACGGUUGAUUACCCUUAAGACCGAGAGGGUUGUAAUAACACCGUGAAGACAAUGUCCAGGGGCUGUAUUUGUCUCAGACUAGAAUUGCUGAUUUAGAAUCAUUCUUGCCCUUUAAAUCACAUUGAAUACAAGUACAUGGACAGGGGGGACCUGAUCCUAGAUCAGGACCACUACUCUGAUCCACUUUAUACACAGAGUUCCCUAGGAAGGCAACAAAUAGGCUAUUGCUCAAUGCUCUGGCCAGCUAGCCUCCCCGAGGUGUUAACUGGGGUGUAUUCAAUAGGAACCAAACGGGGUGGACCUAACCUGAACUUGUCCGAUAAGAAACAUUUGUUUUUGUUUUUCGUUGCAAAACACUUUGCUAUGGUAUGCACUAAUGAAUACACCCCAGGGCUCCAAGCUACAGCUAGCAUAGUUCCCUUCCCAGUGAUGUGUGAUCCUAAAACGUCAGCACUCCUACUCUGAUGUGCUUGACACACAUGGCCCCAGAGCUCCCCAGGAAGGCAAUAGAAUAGGCUAACUGAAGCUCUGGCUAGCUGGUUCCCAGUAGACGUGUAGCCUGGGCUCCAAGCUGCAGCUAUAGUCGAAGGCCUCCCGAGUAGUCCCCUGAGCCUCUGUACCAGUGCCUGUCUAGAUGGCAUCCUUUCCUCUAGUUGGUCACAUGGCCUCUGAUCAAGUUAUAAGCCUAUAGCCGCACAGCAUUGUACAAAAACUAAAUUCAAUUCUAUGUGUAAUGGUUUUUACAUGUGAUGCUGGUCAAAUUUUUAAGUUUGUUUUGGCUAUUGCUGUAAUUUAGCCUUAUAAUAAAUAUAUUUCUUAAA